AUGACGAUCCUAAUUGACCAUCUGUCUUAUCUCAACCGUAUACUCGGAGAAUUCUUCAUGAACAACGAGACACCCUCAGAUUCUCACACACGAAUGCGAAGCGAGCAAAUGUCUUGUCUACUCGACCUCCCCUACACCAAUACCAUGGAUAACCUACUUGCGGCUUGGAUCCCUGGUGUCCAGUGGGUGACCAUCGUUGUCCUCCGAUGGCGCUUAGCAUCUUUCGAGCCUAAAAACCCGAAGACACCGAAAGGAGCCGAUGCUUUGUCUUGCUAG